UCCAUCUGGUACAAAAAGGCAGGGAGCUGUGAUAGCAGCAUGGUGAGCUGUGUGAUUCCUUUUUGCUGGAUAGCUGCUUGUCUCCAACAUAGGAAAAAAGCUACUGUCCUCUCUAGGAGGGGAGCUACAAUGGCCUCUGCUACACCUGACAAAGAAGAAGGUGCUAAGAGCUCCCCAGAGGUGAAGGAAGAGGAGCAGCAGGAUAUAGUAAAUCAGUUGGCUAACCUGGCACUGAUCAGCUCUGCCUGUGACAUGGUUUCUACAGUUUAUGCCUCCACGAAGGAGAGCCACCCCUACAUCAGAACAGUGUGUGACACAGCAGAGAAAGGAGUGAAGAGCAUGACUGAAGCCACAGCCAGCUGUGUGCAGCCACUACUGGUUACCCUGGAGCCUCAAGUGGCUGCAGCAAAUGACUGUGCCUCUAGGAGUUUGGAUAAACUAGGGGAGAAGCUUCCAAUUCUUCAAAAACCAGUGGAUCAGGUUAUCUCUGAAACAAAAGAGCUGGUGUCAUCCACAGUGGCUGAUGCAAAGGAUGUUGUGAGCAGCAGAGUGGCAGAGGUGGUAGAUGCAACAAAGGAGGCCCUUCACAGUGGUGUGGAGGCUGCCAGAUCUGCAGUGACCAGCCGCGUGGGGAUGGUUAAGGACUUCAGAGUGGGCCAGAUGGCUGUAAGCAGAUCAGAAACUGUGCUGGGGAGAGCAGGAGAAGAUGACUCUCUCCCCAUGGGAAAUGAAGAACUAGCCAAACUUGCAGCAUCUGGGGAGGGUGCAGAUAUAAUGUCUGUGGAGCUGCAGCAGCAGAACAGGAGGUAUUUUGUGCGGUUGGGGUCUCUCUCUGAUGAACUUCUCCAGCUUGCCUACCUGCACUCAAAGGAUAAAGUUAAGCAGAUCUGGCAGGGCUUGCGGGAGGCCCUUGGACAACUUCACAGCAUCAUUGAGCUGAUUGAGGUGUUCAAGCAAGGAUUUAAUGAAAAGCUUCAGGAGCAGUUGCAAGAGCAAUUAUGCCUGAUGUGGGUGGACUAUACUAGGAAGCUUCCCGAUGAGAGUGGAGAUAACAGCUUUGCAAAGUCAGAGGAGAUGGAGUCUCUGGCCCUACUCCUGGCAAAUAGCAUCACACAGCAGCUGCAAAUCACCUGCUCUAAAGUUGUGUCUGCGAUCCAAGGCCUUCCCUCAAGCCUUCAGGAUAGAUUGAAACACUCUUUUAAUACCAUAGAGGAGCUUCAUGCUGUGUUCUUGGCAGCAAAUUCCCUCCAGGACUUGUCCAGCACCGUCUUGGGCCAUAGUCAAGAGAAACUGGCUGUAAUCUAUGAAUACAUGGAGGAGUUGCUGGACUACCUGUCAGACAACAAGCCUCUGUCCUGGCUGGUGGGACCAUUCUCCCCUAGGAAGGAGGAGGAAGCCUUGCAGGAGAAAGAAGUGAGCAUAAGCUGCUGAGAACCUUGAAGCUCCACAGGUCUGGCUGUUGCCUAGCACUUGGUCUUGGCCUUACGUACUCAACUUCCUACCUGAAAGUGGGGUUGACACACUUCUGGAUUUUUUUUUUUUUUUUAAUACUAGUGAGAGUAAGCCUUCAGCAGCUUCAAAGGGAGGCGGUGGAGUUAGCAAUGUCACUAUGUGGUGCCCAAGGCUGGAAGUAUAGACCUAAAGAUCUCCAAUGCUCUCGCCUCCCUUGGAAGCUGUUCAUGGUAUGUCUCCAUCAGUGUAUCCAGAUGGUGCCUAUAUGCAAAGCAAUAAUUGCAUCUUUCAGAUGGUAUGCAAUUUAAAGAAUUCCUCCUAGAAAAUGUUUGUACUCGGUACCCUGCUUAAAAUAAAACUGUCACAAGCAGAAACUCAUACUAUAUCUCUUA